AUGCCCGAGUACAACCCUGCACAUUUCUAUCCCGUUCGGCUCGGCGAGGUCUUCAACGAUCGCUUCCAGGCUGCGGCGAAGCUUGGCUAUGGCUCCUCCUCCACCAUCUGGCUCACCCGUGACCUCCAAGAUCACCAAUAUGUGGCCCUCAAGAUCUACAUCUACAACUCGGCUCAGCACCGCGAGUUGCCAUUCUACCAGCACUUGGACAAGUUUCUUCCGAGCUUGCACCCUGGCGCUAAAAACGUCAGAAAGCUGCUCUCCUCUUUUGAAGUCCCUGGCCCCCAUGACAAACAUGUCGUCCUUGCUCUUCAGGUUUCUCAGAUGAGUAUCCGUGAUAUGGAUACGGUUUUCAUGGACGGCGCCGGAUUCCCCGAGGGAUUCGUCAAGGGGGCCGUCAAGGAGCUUCUCGAGGCGCUCGAUUUUCUACACACAGUGGUCCAGUCCGUACAUACUGAUGUCCAUCCCGGCGAUCUCCUACUCGGGGCAAACGACGACGCCUUCUUCCAGAAACUGGAAGAAAAUGAGCAGUCGAGCCCUGUCCCUCGCAAGCAGCUUGAGGACCGGACCAUCUAUCUGUCCCGCCUGAUGAAGCCCAAGGCCAGGCCACUGCUCCUCAUGCCGGAAGCUUGGGUCGAGUCUGAACCAUCCCGGUCUCAAAAGAGGUGUGAGAAAGAUACAGAAUCUUCCUCCAACACAGAGUGUCUAGUUGUUUGGCAACUGGAGGAUACCAUACUGUUAAGCAGCCGAGGCCCUAACAAGACCCUCGCUCCUGAUGAUUGA